AUGUCCCGGCCGAAAGGUCGCCCUGAGGGUGGACUAUUGCACCGCAACAUCGCCAACUUGUCUUGGGCGGAAGGUCCCUCUUCCCCGCAAGAGGAGACGGAUGGCUUCCACCGGGCUAGCAUCCCUCUUUGUGGGUUAAACCACGCUGGGCCGCCGAUCGCCAGAAACCGAGAGCAUUGA